GCUCGGCCCGAGCGCGCUCGGCUCUUUCCGUCGGGGGCGGGCCGGGGCCUUCGGAGCGGCGGCCGCGGAGGCGGGGACCCCACGAUCGCCGCGACUGAGAAGGGGAGACACGGCGUGGGCGGCGGCGUCCGCGGCCAGGUGCAGGUGCCCGUCCGCAGGAGAUGGUGACAGCUGGCUGCCGGGUCUGGCGCAGCCAAAAGUGCCAGCCGCCCCUCUCGGCCCCCCAGGUGAGGGGGUGAGGGGCCCCGGGACUGGGGGGGACCAGUCCGGCCUCCCAGCCAGCCACGGAUGGUGGCCGCGGCCCCCGGGGGCCCCGCCUGGGCGGAGGGGAGCAGCCGUUGCCCCCUGAGCUGUGACCCCCUGCUGGACCCAGAGGCCUGAGCCCCCUGCCCCCAUGGGGCCCCCGGGGCCCUGAGCGCCCCCCCCCCACACCGAGAGCCCCCCGCCGCCCGGCCAUGGCCAGCGCCGACGGCUUCCAGUACCGGGCACUCUACCCCUUCUGCCGGGAGCGGCCGGAGGACCUGGAGCUGCUGCCCGGGGACCGGCUGGUGGUCAGCCGCGCGGCCCUGCAGGCGCUGGGGGUCCCCGAGGGCGGGGAGCGCUGCCCCCACGCCGUGGGCUGGAUGCCGGGCUUCAACGAGCGCACUCACCAGCGCGGGGACUUCCCCGGCACCUACGUGGAGUUCCUGGGGCCGGUCGCCCUGGCCCGGCCCGGCCCCAGACUCCGAGGACCUCGGCCGCUGCCUGCCAGGCCCCACGAGGGGCCCCCCGAGCCAGGCCUGGCGCUGCCCGACCUGCCGGAGCAGUUCUCCCCACCCGACCUGGCACCCCCGAUCCUGGUGAAGCUGACGGAAGCCCUGGAGCACACAGGGCUGGACGGCGAGUCGGUGUACAGGCCGGAGCUGCCCGCCCCGCGCACAGACUGGACGCUGGGGGACCUGGAGCAGUGGCAGCCGGCCGCGCUGGCCGACGGCAUCAAGGCCUUCCUCCUGGCGCUGCCCGUGCCGCUGCUGACCCCGGAGGCGGUGGCCGAGGCCCUCCGAGCCCUGCGCGAGGCCGCGGGGCCCGUGGGGCCCGCACUGGAGCCGCCGACGCUGCCGCUGCACCGGGCGCUCACGCUUCGCUUCCUGCUGCAGCACCUGGGCCGCCUGGCCCGCAGAGCACCUGCCCCCGGGCCCGCCAUCCAUGCCCUUGGGGCCGCCUUGGGGCCCCUACUGCUGCGUGCCGGCCCACCGCUAGGGGGCGCGCCUGAGGGGCCAGAGCCCACCCCUGACUUCCCGGCUCUGCUUUUGGAGAAGCUUCUACAGGAGCACCUGGCGGAGCAAGAGGUGCCCCCCCCAGCUCUGCCACCCAAGCCCUCCAAGGCCAAGCCGGCCUCUGCUGCCCUGCCCAACGGGGGCAGCCCAGCCUCUCUGCAGGACGCCGAGUGGUACUGGGGGGACAUCUCCAGGGAGGAGGUGAACGAGAAGCUGCGAGACACCCCGGACGGCACCUUCCUGGUCCGCGAUGCAUCCAGCAAGAUCCAGGGCGAGUACACACUGACCCUCAGGAAGGGCGGCAACAACAAGCUGAUCAAGGUCUUCCACCGUGACGGCCACUACGGCUUCUCGGAGCCACUGACCUUCUGCUCUGUGGUGGACCUCAUCACACACUACCGCCACGAGUCGCUGGCCCAGUACAACGCCAAGCUGGACACGCGGCUGCUCUACCCCGUGUCCAAGUUCCAGCAGGACCAGAUAGUCAAGGAGGACAGCGUGGAGGCGGUGGGCGCCCAGCUGAAAGUCUAUCACCAGCAGUACCAGGAAAAGAGUCGCGAGUACGACCAGCUGUACGAGGAAUACACACGUACCUCCCAGGAGCUGCAGAUGAAGCGCACCGCCAUCGAGGCCUUCAACGAGACCAUCAAGAUCUUCGAGGAGCAGGGCCAGACGCAGGAGAAGUGCAGCAAGGAGUAUCUGGAGCGCUUCCGGCAGGAAGGCAACGAGAAGGAGAUGCAGAGGAUCCUGCUGAACUCGGAGCGCCUCAAGUCCCGCAUCGCGGAGAUCCACGAGAGCCGCACUAAGCUGGAGCAGGAGCUGCGCGCCCAGGCCUGCGACAACCGCGAGAUCGACAAGCGCAUGAACAGCCUGAAACCCGACCUCAUGCAGCUGCGCAAGAUCCGCGACCAGUACCUUGUCUGGCUGACCCAGAAAGGUGCCCGGCAGAAGAAGAUCAAUGAGUGGCUGGGCAUCAAGAACGACACGGAGGACCAGUACGCGCUGACGGACGAGGACGAGGACCUCCCGCACCACGAGGAGCGCACGUGGUACGUGGGCAAGAUCAACCGCAGCCAGGCCGAGGGCAUGCUGAGCGGGCGCUGUGAUGGCACCUUCCUCAUCCGCGAGAGCAGCCAGCGCGGCUGCUACGCCUGCUCCGUCGUCGUGGACGGCGACACGAAGCACUGCGUCAUCUACCGCACGGCCAGCGGCUUCGGCUUCGCGGAGCCCUACAACCUGUACGGCUCGCUGCGCGACCUGGUGCUGCACUACCGCCACGCCUCCCUGCUGCAGCACAACGACGCGCUCAACGUCACGCUCGCGCACCCCGUGCGCGCGCCCGGGCCCGGCCCGCCCCCCGCGCGCUGACCCCGCCCCGCGCUGGCCCCGCCCUCCGUGUGUUGUCUCCACCCCGCUUUGGCCCCGCCCCG